GUGUAUUAGAUUGCUGUGUGUUGAGUACAAGGGGAAGAAUGAGCACAGCGUUUUACUGAAGUGAAAGGUUACUGUGGAGUUUCUUCUGGGGAAAUGCGUAAGGUCAGAUCCUGUAGCGCUCAGCCUAUGUAGUGCUUCAGAGGAAGAACUGGGGGCUUGGUGCUGCAGUUAACUACACAGCCAGCCAGAAUGAUUGAAGAUAGCGGGAAAAGAGGAAACACCAUGGCAGAAAGAAGACAGCUGUUUGCAGAGAUGAGAGCUCAAGAGCUGGAUCGAAUCCGACUCUCUACCUACAGAACAGCAUGCAAGCUUCGGUUUGUUCAGAAGAAAUGCAAUUUGCACCUGGUGGACAUCUGGAACGUCAUAGAAGCUCUGCGGGAAAAUGCGCUGAACAACCUGGACCCGAACACGGAACUCAACGUGGCUCGCCUGGAGGCUGUGCUCUCCACCAUUUUUUACCAGCUCAACAAGCGGAUGCCCACCACGCACCAGAUCCACGUGGAGCAGUCCAUCGGCCUCCUGCUAAACUUCCUGCUGGCGGCCUUUGACCCGGAAGGCCAUGGCAAAAUUUCAGUAUUUGCUGUCAAAAUGGCUUUAGCCACAUUGUGUGGAGGGAAGAUCAUGGACAAAUUAAGAUAUAUUUUCUCAAUGAUUUCUGACUCCAGUGGGGUGAUGGUUUAUGGACGCUAUGAUCAGUUCCUGCGGGAAGUCCUCAAACUGCCCACAGCCGUGUUUGAAGGGCCCUCAUUCGGUUACACGGAACAGUCAGCCAGGUCCUGCUUCUCUCAGCAGAAAAAGGUCACGUUAAACGGUUUCUUGGACACGCUCAUGUCAGAUCCUCCCCCGCAGUGCCUGGUCUGGCUGCCCCUUCUGCAUCGACUGGCGAAUGUAGAGAAUGUCUUCCACCCGGUGGAGUGUUCCUUCUGCCACAGCGAGAGCAUGAUGGGAUUCCGCUACCGAUGCCAACAGUGUCAUAAUUACCAGCUCUGCCAGGACUGCUUCUGGAGGGGACAUGCUGGGGGUUCCCAUAGCAACCAGCACCAAAUGAAAGAGUACACGUCAUGGAAAUCACCAGCUAAGAAGCUAACAAACGCGUUAAGCAAGUCCCUGAGCUGUGCUUCCAGCCGUGAGCCUUUGCACCCCAUGUUCCCCGACCAGCCGGAGAAGCCGCUCAACUUGGCCCACAUCGUUGAUACUUGGCCACCCAGACCUGUAACCAGCAUGAAUGACACCCUGUUCUCCCACUCGGUCCCCUCCUCAGGAAGUCCUUUUAUCACCAGGAGGUUACCUGAGGGGCUAAGUGCAGCCAGCCCUGAGGCUGAGGAGCAUUCGCUUAUAAGGUUGUAUGUAAAUCAGCUUGGGCACUGUGCACGCUCUCCUCCCAAGGACAGUGAAGUAGAGCAGAACAAACUGCUGGCUAGGGCUGCUCCGGCUUUUCUGAAGGGCAAAGGGAUACAGUACAGCCUGAAUGUGGCAGACAGGCUGGCUGAUGAACAUGUGCUCAUCGGGUUGUAUGUCAACAUGCUCCGGAGCAACCCCUCAUGUAUGCUGGAGAGCUCAAACCGGCUUGAUGAGGAACACAGGCUGAUUGCCAGGUACGCGGCAAGACUGGCAGCAGAGUCCACUUCGUCUCAGCCAGCGCAGCAGAGAGGCGCUCCUGACAUCUCCUUCACCAUCGACGCGAACAAGCAGCAGAGGCAGCUCAUCGCAGAGCUGGAGAACAAGAACCGAGAAAUCUUACAGGAGAUCCAGAGGCUGCGGCUGGAGCAUGAACAAGCCUCACAGCCCACCCCCGAAAAGGCGCAGCAAAACCCCACUCUGCUGGCCGAGCUGCGGCUCCUCAGACAGCGCAAGGACGAGCUGGAGCAGAGGAUGUCCGCACUGCAGGAGAGCCGGCGGGAGCUGAUGGUCCAGCUGGAAGGUCUCAUGAAGCUACUCAAGGAAGAAGAACUGAAGCAGGGAGUAAGUUAUGUUCCCUACUGCAGGUCUUAACUAACAGUGGAGGGGCCUGCCGUCCUGCUGUUUUUCUCAUUGCUUUUGCCUCUAAUGUAUGUUCAUGCUUCAGUUUGGAAAGAGAGAAAAAAAUCAUACUAAUUUGCUUCCUUUUCGAUAGAGUGCUUGAACUGAAAUAUAUUAAAUUUAGCCCUUUUUAUAACUAUGGCUACUGUCAGCAUCAAAAGAAGAACUAUUACACCUUUGAGAAGGGGAACAGAUUGUAAUUUGUGGGACACUUUUUAGAUCUCCGGGGGGGGGUCUCAAUUUCAAACCAGCCUCAUGCUUUUCUGGCUUGUGGAGCAAACCCCUUUCCUAAUAGAAAGGCGCCCAUCACAGAUGCUAAAGGUACACUCGGUAAAACCCACAGCACGCAGACGCUCACGGGAUGCCCUGUGAUGCUACGAAUAACCAGUCAGUUUCCAUUUUACUGAAAAAGUGUGGAACCUCUUUUUAUAGAAAAUUAGCCAACUCUGUCUCUUCUUAUUACAUAAUUCUUAAGCCCCAGUUCCCCCACUGCUCACCAAAACGUGUUCAGUCUUUUGAGAGAAAGACGGGACUCAGUACUUACUCACGUCCCAGUGUUUCGUGUUCCCAAGCAGAAUCCCUACCAUGGGUGACAGUCAUCUCAACAGAAUAGGACACCUUCAGCCUCCUGUGAUCACUGAGGACCUUCCUGCUCUGGGAGCUCCCGGGGUCCUCACCUACAUGUCUAGGAAUAGGGACUCUGCAGCUCGCACUGCAGCCCAAACUCCUAAAGGGAAACCCUGUGUCUAACCCUGCGGUUCAGAGGCCAGCAGAGGGAGCAGCAUACUCAACCAGUAAUAAUAAUCCAGUGGAAGCAAAACAAAGCAGCUUUCAUUCCAAGUGCAUGUACCAAGCUGUGUAUGACAAUACGCCCCGCCCCCCAGGACUAUCAGAAAGUUUCACGUUCUUCCCAUGGAUCGAUUAGAACCACAGCCUGUCAGAUUUCAACCUGCCUUUUAAUUCUUCUGUAUUCUCUUUCCUAUUAUUCAUUGUGUGUGUUUGUGUGUAACAAAGGAUGUUUGCAAAAUGCUGGACACAUUUUUAUCUUUAUUCAUUCCCCUGGUCUGUAAAAAAAAAAAAGAACGAAAGAAAGAAAGUGUAAAACAAAUCUGUAAUGUCAGACAAUAAAGACAAUGUAUUACA